UCAACCGAAGUAAUUAAAACUCUGUCGAGUUUCUCCUCUUCGUUCCUAUUUCUGUUUUUAUUAUUUUUUGUUCCAAAAAAUAGCAUCUCAAAACAACGACACUCCAAAAACAAUCGCAUUUUUUUCUCUUUAAAGUUCUUCUUUCUGAUUGAGUAACGACGUCUUGUCGAUUCUGUUAUGGCGAUGGCAAAUGCAUCUGAUGAAACCAGAAAAAUAUGCAGUCACUGUGACAGAGCUAUCCCAUCUUCAAAUAUUGAUUUGCAUUUUGUACAUUGCUCUCGGAACCUAGAAAGAUGUAAAGUAUGUGGUGAUAUGGUUCCAAAAAAGCAUGCUGAGGAACAUUUCUUAAAUACCCAUGCUCCGGUGGCCUGUUCUCAAUGCAGUGAGACAAUGGAACGUGAAAUUUUAGCCAUGCAUAAAGGUGAAAAUUGUCCGCAAAGGAUUGUCACGUGCGAGUUCUGUGAGUUUCCGCUGCCUGCUAUUGAUCUUGCUGAGCAUCAGGAAGUUUGUGGGAAUCGCACAGAACUUUGUCAUCUGUGUAACCGAUACAUUAGAUUACGAGAAAGAUACAACCAUGAAAUCAGGUGCACAGGUGUCCCAGAAAAUGUUGUCGGACCUCCCAGGGAUGUGAGGGCACCUGAGAGAGACCAAGGUCCUCAAAGGAGGCCGCCGAAUGACUUUUCACGGAAACGACUCCUACUUACCAUUGCAAUCACAGGCAUUGCUGUUCUAUUAGGAUCUCUUUUUUUCCAGAGAAAGACAGAGAGCAGUCAAGUGCAUUAGCAGAGUAGAGGAUACACAUUGGGAGUAUGUAAAUCAGCUUCAAAGCAAUGGAUUCUAAUUAUCUGUAUUGAAAUAUGUCAUAGAGCACACUUCUAUUACUGUAUCAAACUCAUUGGGAUUGUUAUAAUAUGUUGGAACGGCUAUGCAAUAUUUAUUUCCUGCUUCAUGA